AUGGACAGCGAUAACAAUUCAACCAAUCACAAUCAAUCCGAUCAGCCUUCGUCUCCAGACCACGGCAAGAAAGGGGGCAGAUCUUCCACGGGGAAGAGAAAGUACCACCAAAAGUCUCGUAGUGGCUGCUCUACUUGUAAAAAGAGAAGAGUCAAAUGUGAUGAAACAAAGCCUUCGUGUAACAAAUGUAAACACAUGAACUUGGUCUGUGGUUAUUUGAUAGACGAUCCUGCUGAUGGUGACAAGCUGGAAAAGUCGAACCAGCCAAUUUCACUCGCGAAGGAACUUAGCAAUACAUCUCAUCCCGUUUCUCCUGUUGCUAGAGAGGGAUCGAUGUCUGCUUCAAGCUCGUCGGGGUCUAUCACUCAACAAGCUACUCCAUCACUUACUCCAAGUCUUCCUGCUGGUCUUGCUUCUACCUUGACUUCGGGUCUUUUAAAUGCUGGAAAUCUCAAUAACCUUAACAUCAGCCACCUUGUCAAUGGACUUAGUGGUAUGGGUGGUGAUCUCAGCAGCUUGGGAAAUUUGGCUAACCUCUCAAACUUAGCCACUUUGGCCCAAUUGCCUAUUGACUUGAGCAAUUUGGGCAACUUGCUUGAUCCCCAAGUCCCCAGUGCUAAAACUAAUAGUGCUUCUACUCCAGCUAUGCCCAACUUGGGUGGUAUAGGUCUGUUUUUGACCAAUCAAAAGCCCGCAUCAGCUUCUCUGGAAACAUUCUCUUCUCGUGAGCUUCCACAGGAACAUGAAUCAGUAGAAAGAACAUCUUUGCCAAACAUAUCUCCCAAUAUCAACACCCUGAUCCCAGCCAACCCUCUUUCCUCGGAUAUGUCUGGUUCUAAUUUGAAUAUGCUUGAUUUAAGAUUGAUGUUUCACUACACUUCCCAAGUCUCCAACACCAUUACUGGGGCUGGUAUUUCGGAUACUAACAUUUGGAACUACGAUAUCCCGAUGUUGGCGUUCGAGUAUCCCUUCUUGAUGCACUCCAUAUUGGCUUUCUCUGCUACUCACUUGUCGAGAACUGAAAAAGGGUUGGAUCAGUGUGUAACAUGCCAUAGAGGAGAAGCAUUACGUUUGUUACGAGAGGCCGUGCUUGACAUUAAUUCUAACAACACAGAUGCAUUGGUUGCUAGUGCCUUGAUCUUGAUCAUGGACUCAUUGGCUAAUGCGUCAUUCCCUUCUUCUACGUCUCCUAAAUCGUUACCGGCUUCAGCAUGGAUUUUUCAUGUUAAAGGUGCUGCUACUAUUUUGACAGCUGUAUGGCCCCUUACAGAAGCUUCAAGAUUCUACAAGUUUAUCUCUGUGGACUUGGGUGAUUUGGGUGACAUAAUAAAUCAAAGGGUAAACCUCGGCAAGGAUCAUUUAAACGAUUCAAACAGGUACUUCACUGACUUGGAAUGUCAUGAUUCUGACAUCGCCGAUUUGUUCCCUGUAGAAGUCGACUCACCUUACCUUGUGACAUUGGCCUACUUGAACAAGUUGCACAAGGAGAGAUACAAGUCAGAUUUCAUCUUACGUAUCUUUGCCUUCCCUGCCUUGUUAGAUAAGUCUUUCUUGUCGUUAUUAAUGACAGGAGAUGUAAAGGCUAUGAGAGUUAUGAGAUCAUACUACAAGCUCUUGAGAUCUUUCACUAUGGAAAUGAAGGAUAAGGUGUGGUUCUUAGAAGGUGUAUCACAGGUAUUGCCAGUCGAUGUAGAGGAAUACGCUGGUGGUGCUGGUGGUAUGCACAUGAUGUUGGACUUCCUUGGUGGAGGUCCUGCCAUUGUAGACAACGAUAUAGAUGACCAGAUUACGACAUUUGAUCCCAGCGGAACUCUUGCUAACAAGCUUAUUGACACUAAUAAUUUACCGAGUGAUAUAACCAGCAGUCUAGAGGUGAUGCAAGGUGAUAAUGAGUUUGUAAAUUUGAAAUAG